UAUUGGACUAUCUCAAGCACAUGUGCAGGUCCAAACAUCAUGGCGGAAGACCAGAAUCGUCCUUGACUUUCUUGACAACUUUCCUGGCACAGUUUAACUUUCCGAGAGUCUUUAGCAUGCUGGGUCUCACACUGAAGGAGACAGCUCGGCUGCUGAGUGAAGGGAAGACGACAGCAGCGGAGCUCUGUGCCGCGUGCGUGGCCCGAGCCAAACAGGUGCAGGAGCUAAACGUCUUCAUCACAGAGACAUACAACACCGCGGGUCAGCAGGCGGCAGACUCCACUCUCAGGCACAGACAGGGAAAUCGGCUCCAUGUUUUAGACGGUAUUCCUGUCACCAUUAAAGAUGCCUUCAGCACUGCUGGUGUGAGAACAACCUGUGCCUCCAGAAUACUCAGAGAUUACGUCCCACCUUACAAUGCCACCAUGGUGCAGAGACUAGUGGACAGGGGAGCUGUGCUUCUGGGGAAAACCAACAUGGAUGAGUUUGCCAUGGGUGCUCUAGGCUCAGACACCGGCGGCUCGGUCAGGAACCCCGCCUCCUACUGUGGGGUCGUGGGGCUGAAACCGACCUACGGUUUACUGUCCCGCCACGGACUCAUCCCAUUGGUCAACUCACUGGAUGUUCCGGGCAUCUUCACCCGGUGUGUCGAUGACGCUGCAAUCAUGUUAGGUGCUUUGGCGGGGCAUGACCCUAAAGAUUCCACCACAGUCUCCGACACCUUCCAGCCCUUUUCUCUACCUGAAGACAUCGACAUCACACGUCUGCAUGUCGGCAUACCAAAGGAGUACCACGCCCCACACCUGUCUGCGGAGACGCUGAACACCUGGCAGCGAGCGGCUGACCUUCUGGAGGACGCAGGUGCGCGAGUCUCGCAGGUGUCCCUGCCGCACACCCCCUACUCCAUCGUCUGCUACUCCGUACUCUGUGCUGCCGAGGUGGCCUCUAACAUGGCGAGAUACGACGGGCUAGAAUUUGGCCACAGAGGUUCUGACCAUAGCUCCACGGAGGCGCUGUACGCACAGACCAGACAUGAAGGGUUCAACGACGUGGUGAGGGGUAGGAUACUGGCAGGGAACUACUUCCUCUUGAAAAGACAUUAUGAUCACUAUUUCAUACAAGCCCAAAGAAUACGAAGGCUGAUAGCCAAUGACUUCAGGAAGGUGUUCGAGGGCGGGGUGGACAUCUUGUUGACCCCUACAACCUUGAGCCCCGCCCGGUCCUACCGAUGGUUCGUCCAGGAGGACAACAGAACUCGUACGGAGCAGGAAGAUGUCUUCACUCAACCAGUCAACUUGGCAGGAAUCCCAGCAGUCAAUGUUCCCGUAGCCCUGUCGGAAGACGGCCUCCCCAUCGGGCUCCAGCUGAUCGGACAGUCCUUCCAGGAGAAGACGCUGCUCACAGUUGCCAAGUGGCUGGAACAGCAAGUCAACUUCCCACAUCUUCAGUUACCUGAGCAUUGAGACAUGUCUUGAUAAAUUAUAAGUUUCUAAAAGAUGUAUCUGAGACAUUGUACUCUGCCAAGUGGCUGGAACAGCAAGUGAACUUCCCACAUCUUCAGUUACCUGAUCCUUGAAACAUGUCUUGAUGAAAUACAAGUUUCUUAUAAAGGUGUAUCUGAGACAUUGUAUGCUGCAAAGUAGCUGGAAUAGGAAGUCAACUUCCCACAUCUUCAGUUACCAGAUCCUUGAGACAUGUCUUGAUAAUUUACAAGUUUCUUAAAGAUGUAUCUGCACUAGUGGGUUUGGUUAAUUUUAAUGAGAUGACAUCAUUGUUAGUGAUGUGCCUCUUCAGUCAGUCUGAGACCUGGACAUGGUCAC